CUGCUCCCAGCCCUCCCGCCUCUUCAGACUCCCAAACUCUGACCUUCUGAUCUCCACUGUCCCCUUCCUCCUUUCUCAUUAUAUUUCGCCGGGAGCCACCGCCUCUCGGCACUCCCUCCUCCCGUGAUUGUGCCCUGCUUGGUCCCACCUUUUCCCCGUUACUCCUCCCUUUCAUCUGCGUCCCGCGAUCUUUGCCUCCGGCCCCGGUUGUUGGCCUCCCUCCCUAAGCUGUGCUGGGCAGCUUGGACGGUCCUUCCUAGUACGCUAGACUUUCGCGGAGGGAUGAUGGAGUUUGAAGGUGGAGGUCUGAAGUUUGAUCUAUGUCCUCCCCACAUCAGUUGCCUGAAAGUACUUAAUGAUCACAUGACCUUGGACAUGGAUGCUGUCCUGUCGGAUUUUGUCCGUUCUACAGGAGCAGAGCCAGGGCUGGCCCGAGAUCUCCUAGAAGGAAAGAAUUGGGAUGUGAGCGCUGCCCUCAGUGAUUUUGAACAGCUACGUCAAGUACAUGCUGGGAACCUGUCCCCACCCUUUAGUGAAGGGAGUGGUGGGUCGAGGGCCCCUGAGAAAGGGUUUCCUGACAGAGAGAACACUCACCUUCCCCGGCCCACCCUCCAGCGGCAGGAUGACAUCGUUCAAGAGAAACGCCUGUCUAGGGGCAUCUCCCACGCCAGUUCCAGCAUUGUUUCCCUGGCCCGGUCUCAUGUCUCCUCCAAUGGUGGGGGUGGGGGAAGCAGUGAGCACCCCCUGGAAAUGCCCAUCUGUGCCUUCCAGCUUCCAGAUCUCACUGUGUAUAAUGAAGACUUCCGCAGCUUCAUAGAGAGAGACCUCAUUGAACAGUCCAUGCUGGUUGCUUUGGAACAGGCAGGGCGUUUAAACUGGUGGGUGAGUGUGGACCCCACCUGCCAGAGGCUGCUUCCUUUGGCAACUACUGGAGAUGGAAACUGCCUCCUGCACGCAGCCUCUCUUGGGAUGUGGGGUUUCCAUGAUCGGGACUUGAUGCUGCGGAAAGCUUUGUAUGCACUGAUGGAGAAGGGAGCCGAGAAGGAAGCAUUAAAACGGCGCUGGAGGUGGCAGCAAACACAGCAGAAUAAAGAGUCAGGACUGGUAUACACAGAGGAUGAAUGGCAGAGGGAAUGGAAUGAGCUUAUCAAGCUUGCCUCAAGUGAACCUCGCAUGCAUUUAGGUACCAAUGGAGCCAACUGUGGUGGGGUGGAGAGUUCAGAGGAGCCUGUGUAUGAGAGCCUAGAAGAAUUCCAUGUCUUUGUCCUUGCCCAUGUGCUUAGGAGGCCCAUCGUUGUCGUGGCAGACACCAUGCUGAGGGACUCCGGAGGGGAAGCAUUCGCCCCUAUUCCCUUUGGGGGAAUCUAUCUGCCCGUGGAGGUCCCAGCCAGCCAGUGUCAUCGCUCCCCUCUGGUGCUCGCCUAUGAUCAGGCCCACUUUUCUGCACUUGUGUCCAUGGAGCAGAAGGAGAGUGCCCAGGAACAAGCUGUGAUCCCACUUACAGAUUCAGAGCAUAAGCUGCUGCCCUUGCACUUUGCUGUGGACCCUGGAAAGGGCUGGGAGUGGGGAAAAGAUGACAGUGACAAUGUCCAGUUGGCCAGUGUAAUCCUGUCCCUAGAGGUCAAAUUGCAUCUGUUGCAUGGCUACAUGAAUGUGAAGUGGAUCUCAGUGUCCUCCGAUGCACAGGCUCCCCUAGCCCAGCCAGAGUCCCCCACAGCCUCAGCUGGAGAUGAGCCCCGGUCGACGCCUGAGUCUGGGGAAUCAGACAAGGAGUCAGUGGGCAGCAGCUCUACCAGCAACGAGGGCAGCAAGCGGAAAGAGAAGUCGAAGCGAGAUCGGGAAAAGGACAAGAAAAGAGCAGAUUCUGUGGCUAACAAACUGGGCAGCUUUGGCAAAACCUUGGGUAGCAAGCUCAAGAAGAACAUGGGAGGCCUGAUGCACAGCAAGGGUUCUAAGCCUGGAGGGAUGGGAAUGGGCUUGGGGGUAAGCAGUGGCACUGAGACACUGGAGAAAAAGAAGAAAAACUCACUGAAGAGCUGGAAGGGUGGCAAGGAGGAGGCAGCUGGGGAUGGGCUUGUAUCUGAGAAGCCCACAUCUGAGUCUGUUGGCAAUGGAGGGAGCAGGUAUAGCCAGGAGGUGAUGCAAAGUCUGAACAUUAUGAGGAUUGCAAUGCAAGGGGAAGGGAAAUUUAUUUUUGUUGGAACCCUGAAGAUGGGUCACCGUCACCAAUAUCAGGAGGAGAUGAUCCAGCGCUACCUUUCUGAUGCUGAGGAAAGAUUCCUGGCAGAGCAGAAGCAGAAGGAGGCAGAAAGGAAGAUCAUGAAUGGAGGGGUAGGGAGUGGGCCUCCUCCAGCCAAAAAGCCAGAGCCAGAUGGUGGGGAGGAACUGCUGACUGCCCCCCAAGCAGAGUCCAAGGCAAUGGCAUUCUCUACUGGCUACGCUGGGGGCUUUACUAUCCCUCGGCCUUCUGGGGGUGGAGUCCACUGCCAGGAACCCCGGAGGCAGUUGGCAGGGGGUCCGUGUGGGGGGGGGCUACCACCAUAUGCUACCUUCCCCAGACAGUGCCCUCCUGGGCGACCCUACCCUCUUCAGGACGGCAUCCCUUCUCUGGAGCCAGGCAGUCACUCCAAGGAUGGAGUUCACAGGGGCGCACUGUUACCACCCACCUUCCGCGUGGCUGAUUCCUAUAGCAACGGCUACAGAGAGCCCCCUGAGCCAGAUGGAUGGGCUGGAGUUCCCCGGGGGCUUCCCCCAACCCAGACCAAAUGCAAACAACCGAACUGCAGCUUCUAUGGACACCCUGAGACAAACAACUUCUGCUCCUGCUGUUACAGGGAAGAACUGAGGAGGAGGGAACGUGACCCAGGUGGGGAGCUGCUGGUGCACAGGUUCUGAAUGUGAGAGCCUCAAGGCAAAGGGGCUAAACAAAGAACGUUAAACUCAACUAAUUGGCUCAUCAAGACCCAGCCCCCAUGUGGACAAGGCAAAUACAGAAAUGUCUGUAGGAACCUGGUUAGGAACUUUUAAGUGUGUGUGCACUGGAGAGCUGCCAGGCCAGCAAGAGCAGGUCAGGGCUGGGUGGUGCCUCGAGGGCUGUACUUGUCCGCUAUGGAUCUUGAUGGGAUUGAGGAAGUACUAGGAGGGGAAAGAUGGUCUUACUACCCCUUGGGUCCACCCAGGACCUAAGGGAAAGCAGUAGGGGAGGGUUUUAUGUGUGGGGAUGGGGAGGUGGGCAGAAGUCUUAGGGAGAAACAGGCAAAGGAGUUCCUCAGUCAGUAUAAGAAAAAACAGACCAAAGUUCUUAUAAGUUGGGGAAUAAGCACAUGGUAAUGGAGUUGAGAGUGUGGAGUGAAACUGGGAAAUUGGGCAAAUUUUCUAUUGAUUGGAACUAAAUAGAAAUUAGGGUUGGAUAAAUACUUCUUACUGAAGGAUCUGGAGAGACAAGGCAGUGUGUGCUCAUGGGUGCUUACUAGCUGGGGAGUAGUUUAAGUCAGUUUACUGAAAUGGGAAAGGGAGGAACUUAAAAGGUUUCCUCUUAAGUUUUGUUUCCUUCUAAACAGCCAUCUGUCAUCUGUUCUAGUUUGAGAGAAGAUUGCUUGAUUGUCCCAUCUUUUCCUCAUCCUUUUUGAGGACUGAGCUCAGCUAAGGAUGUGAUUUUUUUUCCUAAGAUUUUAAUUUUAUUUAAAAAGAAAGUUCCGUGGGGAAGGGAAGAGAGUAGUGAGAAAAGCAGCUGUGUGUGUUGAUUUUUCUCUAGGUAAACUGGUGCAGAGGUGAUCUUUUUAAAACUACUUAGCAAUUAGCACACAUUGGGUUUCAGAGCGCCAUGAGAGGGGUGGGCGAAGGAUGGACCUUUGGCUAGACUGUUUCAAACAAAACCAAAAACCUAAAUAUAGCACUACCAUCCUCUGCUGCUGUGUUUCUGUAGGAAGCAACUGCUUUUUGGCUUUUUUUUUUUUUUUUUAAGAAAAA